CAACGAAGCGAGCGAGCAGUCCCACUCCUUCUGUGACGGUGAGCUGCGCGCGCUGCUUUCGUUGUCUAGCGACCUCGCGUGCGGCGCCUUCCAGAUCCGAGUGGUUCCAAGGCUCGCGAGGUCCAAGUCCUCCACGCGCCUAUAUUUUCGCGGCUUUUCGGCUUGGUGCCGGCAAUAAUAAAGCAGUAGAAGCAGCAGCAGAAGCUCCGGGACGGCAAUGUCGGCCUCUGGGACUGCAACGGUCUCUGCUCCUGCCGAAGCCGGCGGAGGCGGCGCUGCCGGGGACAAGCAACGCUCCUCCUCCGCUCCUCUCAACGUGGAAGGUAUCGACCUGCUGGAGAAAUGCGGCGUGUGCCGGGAGCGACUCCGCUCCGAGCGCGACCCGCGGCUCCUCCCUUGCCUCCACACCGUCUGCAAGGAGUGCAUCAAAGUCGAGCCUGUCUCGGGCGGCAACAACAAGGAUGGGCAAGUGGUUGAUUGCCCAGUUUGCAAGCACCAGUGUUAUCUAAAAGACAUUGUGGAGAAUUACUUUUUGAGGGAUGAUGACAAGGAAGCUCUUGGUGAUGCUAGAGAUGCUAAUCAGUGUUGCACUAGCUGUGAAGAUAAUGCCCCUGCCACCAGCUUUUGUGUGGAAUGCCAAGAGCCCCUGUGUGAGACAUGUGUGGAGGCCCAUCAGAGAGUGAAGUACACUAAGGACCAUACAGUCCGAUCCACAGGCUCCUCCAAAUCGCAGGCCAGAGAGAAGACUAUCUACUGCUCUGUCCAUAAACAUGAGCCUCUUGUUCUGUUCUGUGAUACCUGUGACACCCUGACAUGCCGGGACUGUCAGCUGAAUGCUCACAAAGAUCACCAGUACCAGUUCUUGGAUGAUGCAGUCAAGAAUCAACGCAAGAUGCUGGCUUCAUUGGUCAAGCGCCUUGGGGAUAAAAAUGCCAAUCUCCAGAAGUCAACCAAGGAAGUGCGCACCUCGAUCCGGCAGGUGGCAGAUGUGCAGAAACGUGUGCAGGUAGAUGUGAAGAUGUCUAUCUUGCAAAUUAUGAAGGAGCUCAAUAAACGUGCUAAGGUGCUGGUUAGUGAUGCACAGAAAGUCACUGAAGGCCAACAAGAGAAAUUGGAAAGGCAGCAUUGGGCCAUGACUAAGCUGCAGCGCCACCAAGAACAUAUCUUGCGCUUUGCUAAUUGGGCCUUAGAGAGUGACAACAACACUGCAUUGCUGCUCUCGAAGAAACUGAUUUAUUUUCAACUGCACAGGGCUCUAAAGAUGAUUGUAGAUCCAGUGGAACCUCAUGGAGACAUGAAGUUCCAGUGGGACUUAAAUGCCUGGAUCAAGAGUGCAGAGACGUUUGGUCAGAUUGUGUCAGAACGGAGUGGUUUGCCAGUGACUGCCAAUGCCCAAACACCCCAACAGCGGACUAACGCUGCUUCUGCUGCAGCAGGAGUGGCAGUCAGACAAGGUUCUGUCCCCCCUUCUCAGGGUGUCCAACAGAUGUCUCUGCAGACAAGCAUAAUGAAUAAGGGAGCUUUGCUUCAGCCUGUGCUGCCUUCCAACAGCCAGCGGCAGGCCAUCCCUGACUGCUAUAUCAAUGAUGCCAGUGCCUCUUCUGCUGGACAGCCUAUGGACCUUGGUGAUGGCUUUGGUGUAGAAGGAUCAUAUUCUGGUGAAAUGUCUGGAAUAAAAAGAACCCGUGUCCAGGAUGGAGAAACUGGUCUUGUCCGGAAAGUGCCCCGGGUUAGUCUGGAGCGACUGGAUGUGGAUUUGACAUCAGAUAACCAGCCACCUGUCUUCAAAGUCUUUCCGGGCAAUUCCCGUGAAGAUUACAAUCUCAUUGUGAUUGAACAAGGAGGUCAGCAAAGCGCUACCCAACAAGCAGGUGCUACAGUGAAGGAGGAGCAGAUGGAGGCAGCCAUUGAACAUCCUGCUUCUGCCUCAGAUACUAAAGACACCAAGCCAGUUAUCUUGGCCCAGGAUUCCCUUCUUCCAGAAGGCUCUGUAGCCCCCCGGCUGAUCUCCCCCAGUGGCAGCACCAGCUCUGCCAUGGAAAUGCAGUCUGUUCAUAGCCAUGAUGGCACAGCUAAUGGGGAGGAAAAUGCUUGCUGCAGGAUCUGCCUGAAAGCUGGUGCUGUAGUCAUGUGUGAUAGUUGCAAAAAGUGCUACCACUUGGAUUGUCACCUGCCUGCCCUUCAGGAAAUCCCUGGCCAGGAUUGGAAAUGUCUACUGUGUGCUGAUCCAGUAAUAGCCACUGGAGAAGAAGGGACUGACUUGGCUGCAAUCUUCAAAGAUGGAGAACCAAAAAUGCUGUCAAAUGUUGAUCAGAAGAGAUGUGAACGAGUUCUCCUUGAACUACUUUGUUCUGAACCAUGCAGGCCUCUUCACCGGCUUUCCAAUGCUCCAGAGGGGCAGAACACAAUUGAUUUGACUUUGAUAAGAGCAAAGCUACAGCGGAAGCUGUCACCACCCUAUGCAUCUCCUGAUGAAUUUGCAGAUGAUGUUUGGAAGAUGUUCAGGCAGUUUAACAAGCUGACUGAGGAUAAGGAGGAUGUUCAGUCCAUCAUUGUCCUGCAACGCUUCUUUGAAACCAAACUGAGUGCUGCCUUUGGUGACAGGAAAUUUUCAGCUCUGCGUGAGCCAAUCAACAUUGAUGAACCACAAAAAGAAAACACUAUUGCUUCCCAUAUCUCCCCGGUCACUGAUCCGGGUGAGGCCAUGUCUUCUAAGGCUGAUAGCAGCAGUGGGGAUGAGGGAAUGGCAAUCUAAAAGGUUACUAUUUUCAAUGGACCACCAUUCCAUGGAGAUAAAAUGAGGGAGCUGUCAAUUUUAACCUACUCUCACCCAUUCCCCUCCACUCUAUUGGUUCCCCUUUGUCCUUUUCCUUACCUCUGCUUUUUUUUGGAGAGUUAUUGUAGAUCUUGACUGGUAGAUCAGUGUUUCUCAACCUCAGCAAUUUCCCAGCUAGCAUGGUACUGGGGAAUUCUAGGAGUUAAAACACCUGAAAGUUGCUGAGGUUGAAAAAUAUUGGCUUAGAUAAUGUUUUAAAUGGUCUGAACAGUUUUUUUUCCCUUGAUAAAUUUUAUCCCUUAUUCUCACAGAAAUACUAAUUAAUCUGAGGUAAUCUAGAAGUCUAUAUAUGUUUUCCAGUUGAAUUUUUUCCUUCAAGUCCUAAUAGGAACAGUAUAGAGGUUCCCCUUAUUAACACUUUUUUCUCAAAUUUUCACCAAGGAAAAAAACUGGUGUUGAAUAUUUCCAUUUUAAGUUGCUUUUCCUUAAAAUGUCUACUUAGAUAAUGGUUAUACAGAUUUGAAUGUCUUCUCCCAUUUUUGGUUUGACAGAAUUUAUGCCCUUGUUUUUCUGAUUUUUUUUUGUUUUGAUAUGGUUAUAACAAUUAAUAAAAUGGAACUAAUUAAUGCUCUCCAAUUUGACUCCUUUUUGCUCCUAGUGGGAACAAUAUAGAGAUUUAUUUUUUAAAACCACUGAGGAAGAAGCUGUUAUUGAAUCCCCCAGUAAGGAAUCACUGCCCCUUCAAAUAUACUGGAUUAGUCUUAGUGAGUUUUUAAGACAUGGAUUGUUUUUAGAAUCAGGCUCAGUCUUAAUCUCUGUUUCGUAAGAAGAUAAAGAACAUCAUGUUUUGGCAUAAUUUGUGAACUUCUUCCUAAUCCUGGUACAAGCCUAAGUGGACAGCUGACAAAAGCAACAGUUGGCCCGCCAUGACAGCUUUCUUCUCAAGUGGUAAUUGUUUUAUUUGAAAACAGGAUUUCCUGCUUCUGGUUUUGUUUGCUCAAGAGGAGUCAUGUCAGUUUCUAUAGGUAAGGGUAGUUGUAGAUUUUUUUAAACCCACAUGUUCCUUCCGUGUAGCUGUCCUUUCUGGCUCUCCAUUUCUUUAAAAGCUUUUGGGCCCAGUAGUUUAUUCUUUAUUGUCCAAAGAGACGCUUUCAUGGAAAUGUGCUUUUUUUUUUUUUGCUUAUGUAUAGACUUACUUCUUUCAUGUUCAAAAAAUUAAAUGAUGUUUGCAACUUC